AUGGCCAGUGACCUAACGCCCGAUAGCAAACAGCUUCAACCGCAUAGCCAUUCUGCGACUAAGGGCGAAAUAGUUGUUGGGGUGGCUAAAACCCCCGUCAGUGACAGUGUGGCAAACGUUGGGAGCUCUGAAGGUGUUAAUCUUCACAAGUUGGACCACAAGAGUUUCGAGAUUGCCGAUUCGGCUGGAGUGGAAGUGGGAGAUAGGGCUGGACACCACCAAGGAAUAUCAGUGGAAUCGGAUAUCGAAAUUAAAAAUAAAGGAGGACUUGAGGAGGGAAUAGAAAAUAUGGAGACUAAGACAAGGCCUAAUGGAGAGGAUUCAGAUAUUUUAUUGGAGGUGGAAUCGGCUGAAGAAGAUGAGGAAGGGAAGAGUGGACGUAUUGACGAUAAAGAAAAGUGGUAUAAAGCUUCAGAACAGCCAAAAAGUCAGCAUCAACAACCAGCCAGGCGCUUGGCGGAACCAACUCUAGUCAUACCUGAUCUAAGGGCUCUUGCUAACCGGCUCUCUAUUCGGUUCGGCCGAAAUUUUAAAUUCCAAGGCGGCCCAGGGCACCAGGAUGGCGUAUUCUCCUUCGUUCUUAUGGUAAGUCUUCAAUAG